AUGUGGGCCGCAAGGACAGACCUGCACUUGGGCCAGAAGCUCGUGGAGUUUUUGGUGCUCAACUCGCAGCAGGUCCCGGACUUCCUCCGCCAGCACGCCCCCAAGGACUACGUCCCGGGCAGAGGCCCCGCUGGCGGCGCGGCCGCCGCCGAGGCGCAGCAGGCAGCCCAGCCUCGCUUCGACCUGCGCGACGGAGGCCGGCAGCAGGGGGGAGGCCUGGUGUUCAAGAACCAGCUCCAGGGCACCCCCGCGGAGAGGGCGGCCUGGUGUUCAAGAACCAGCUGCAGGAGGCCGCCACGCAGGCGAGUGCCGUGCUCGCUGCAGGCGGCCCUGCUGGCGCGGUCGGAGCCCCGCCCGAGGCCUGCCUGCGCUGGGCUGGCGCUCCCGGCCCUGGAGGUGCCCGAGGCCGCAGAGCGGCGGGGCGGCCGGCCCGCUCAGCUCGUGGCAGACAUUCCAUUUGCUAAGGUGACUAUGAAGCAGCGGGAGCACACGACGUUCAGGUCUAACAACGUGCGAUUCUUGCAGGAACAGAACAAGGAGGCCACGCGGGCGUUGGACGCCAUGGAGGAGGAGCGCGACGAGGCGGUCCAGGCAGUUUUCAAGUGGGAGCAACAGCGCGAAAAGGUCCAGCGCGAGUACGCUGCGCUGCAGCAGCAGAUGGCCGCGACCGAGGAGAAGUGCAACGCCGCCGCCGCAGAGGUCCACAAGCGGGACGAGCAGAUCCGCGUGCUGACGGAGCAGAACCGUUCGCUCCUGGAGAUGCUGGAGCACGAGGAGAAAGAGAGCAAGGAGAAGCAGCAGCACGUGGACGAGCUGACCCACGAGUCCCAUAGACUCCAGAAGAUAUCCGACCAGUACGACAAGGUCAAGGACACAGGUAACCAGCAGCUCACCGGCGCCUACACAGAGAUCGCAAAGUACGAGGAGGAAAUGCGCAACGCGUCGAUGGAGACGGAGCAGCUGCGGGAGGCCGAGAGGAACUUCCAGGCGCAGGCCAAGAUAGACGUCGAGACCCUGGAGAACAAGCUGAGGGAGUCCAAGGACAAGAACGUGCAGAAGCUGCAGCAGAUUCAGCACAACGAGGUGCACGAGCACCGCCUGCAGGAGGGCAUACAGCGGCUGAAGGAGACGCUCGAGGAGCUGAAGGCGCAGCAGAAAGGGGUGAAGAUGCAGCUGGACAUGGAGUCGGACAGCGCGGAAAAGUGGUCCCACAGCAAGGCCGAGGUCGAGCACCGCAAAGUGAGCUUGCAGAAGAACGUCGAAGCGCUCCGGGAGGCACUGAAGGCUGCUGAAGAGCAGAACGCGGCCAUGCAGGAAGAGAGCAAGCAGGGCGCGGACAACUUCAGGCAGUUAGGAGACAAGGUCUACGCACUGAUGGACCAGCUUCGGCAGCACCAGAUGGAUUUGAAGAAGCAGGAACAGAAUGGCAUCGAAAAGCAGAAGAAGAUCACGCAGUUAGACAAGCGCAGCGCGGAGCUGCAGCAGACACUGCAGCUCGAGGUCGAUGCGAAAUUAGCCGCAGAGUCCGAGGCGCGAGGAGCCGCCCAGAUGCAGGCGCUGCUCCUCAAGAAGAACAAGAUGCUCGAGGAGGCCCACCAGCUGGCGCUCCGGGCGCAGGAGAAGGUGGAGAAGCGCUUGUCAGAGCUGACUGAGAAGGCCCACGCUCUGCAAACACAGAACGACUACCUCGGCACCCGUAUCGACGGUAACGAGGAGGACAAGGGCGCGUUGAGGUACGAGCUGAGGAGGGCCGAGGACGAGAUGCGGCAAGCCAGCACCUACAACCAGCAACUCACCCAACAGCAGCAAGAGGCGAACGACAGGCAGAGCAUCGCGGAGACGGAGAGGGCGGCCCUGAAGGCAGAGUUGGAUUACAUCAAGAGGGAGGACAUGCUCGACGAGUCUGGUCGCACGAAGCCCAUCCUCAUCGAGUCGGAGUCCAAGCUCAUCGAGCGGCUGCAGAUUAACGAGUUCCUCUUCAGCGCCCAGCAGGCGCGCAACCCGGUGCCCAUGCUGGUGGAGAAGGUCUCACACGUCCUGGAGAUGUUGCACACCUCGCAGGCGCAGGCGGACCUCUACCUGCAGGACCUCCAGCGCUCCAACAGCAUGUUGACAGCCCUGCGCCAGAAGAACAUGACGCUCUACGAGAAGGUGCAGCUCUGCGAGACAUGGAAGAUGCGGGCGCUCUUGAAGAUCGCGUCGAACGAGUUCGAGGUCAGGCAAAACGUCAAGGGCGUCAAGAGGGAUGCUGAGCCCAACCACAAGCUCUACCUGGAUGGCCUGCAGUACACCAACAAGGAGUUGGAGGAGCUGAAGAAG